GCAAUUGACAACUAAACUGUCGAUUUGACAGCUGUCCUCAAAAAGUUGUCCUUUUUGUACGAAAAUCAUCCAGUUUUCCAGCAUUCCAUUGAGUGAAUUCCGCCAAAGUCGAGUUAGUGAAAUUAAAGUGAACCUCAGCAAUGUGCUGACUGAAUCGGCGUCGGACUGUGAACACGAUUGGCUGUUUGAAGAACAGUUCUACGAUGACAUUGGUCUGACGUAAAAGGUUAUAGGCAGCUAAAAGAAACAGCAUUGUCAACCGCAACGAUUCGUGAAGGCCCACGCUUCAUUGUGGUGAGUCCCUAAAAUGGAAAACAGUGAACUUUAUUCAACUGAAGCACUUUUUUCUGAAACAAUCAGAAAUAUGGCAGUGAAGCAAAAGAAUGUGGUGGGCCCCAUCGCGCCGAGUCCGGAGCAAAGGCUGGAGAUCAUUCUCCGAGUGCUGCAGAACAUCCAGGCGGAAGAAGGCACUCAGACGAACGUCUACAGCCAAAUCGUCAUGGGUCUGGGUACUGUAGCGGUGCCAAACGAUCCGAUCGCUUACAUGAAGUUCAUCCACGACAUCAAACGCGUCCAGGACAUCUUGGUCAAGUCCAACGAAAAGGAGACGGUGAUUUUCGUCACACUGAAGUCGCUCUACGACGAGAUUUCCAAUCCAUGCAAAACCCCCAGUCCGGUGAUGUCGAUUGUGCUGCAGCUUAUCAACGUGGAGUUUUUACCUGCUGCGGUCAAGUUCAUCCUCGAAUCGGGAUACCCAGACCAGAAUCUAGAGCGGGCGCUUCACACGCUCUGCACAUGGCUGUCCAAGUGGACCUCUACGGAAAACCUCGGCCCCCUUGUGCUGGCUUUUAUGAAAGGUCUAGAACAGGAACAGUUCUAUGACAUCCUGGUUGAAGUCACCCUGAACACCAUCGAGCCGCUGUUCAAGCUGAUCUGCAUCAUCGGGAGCAGACGAAGCGUCUUCCCAGUCGUCCAUCACAUGCUGAUCCGCAUGCAGAAAAGCCCGGAAGCGUUCCACAAAGUCAUCCCUCACGCUCCCACGGUGAUUUCCAUCCUGGCCAAAGACGAAUCUAGCAAGCAGUACCUGUUUCCAUUGAUCUCGGCGUUUUCGGCGCUGAUGGACCAUUUUUCCGGUUACGACGAGCUGUACGAGCCGCUCCGACAGGCCUUGCAUCCGUUUUGCAGCGGCGCCAGCUACAAGAAGCCGUUGGGUUGCCAGAGUUGGUCCUACAACGGGUCAGUGGCGCUGCCAUUGCGCAGCUCCGUUGAGAAAGUGGGGCUCUACAAUUUGGGCAACACUUGUUACAUGAACAGCGUGCUCCAAGCGCUCUACAUGACUAGGAGUUUUCGCAACAGCGUGCUCUCGCAUCAGAGCAUUCUGCUUCCGCCGCUCUUUUUCAAGCUGCAGGUGCUGUUUGCGUUGCUGCAGCACUCCAAGAAGGCCUGCCUGUCUCCCAAUGAGAUUCUCACCUUGUUGAGGCCGCCGGGGUUUGUGAUGGGCCAUCAGCACGACAGCUCCGAGUUUCUGGGCUAUCUGUUGGACUCGCUGCACGAACAGGAGAAGAAUGGGAUGGUGUUGGAGGGCGCCGCCCAGGAGACGCCCGCCACUGUGGUGCAACAGUCGUUUGGCGGGCAGACGGUGACGGUGUCGCAUUGCAGCGAGUGCGGCACCAAGAGCGAGCGGGAGGAUGAUUUCCGGGAGUUGCAGCUGUCCUUCCCGCAGGACGCCGACAACCAGAGCGUUCAGAAUCUGCUGGACUACUUCCUGCAGUCCGAGAAACUGUGCGGGGACAACCAGUAUCGGUGCGAUGUUUGCGACAGGUUGACUGACGGCGAACGGAUAACCAAAAUCAUCGCAUCCCCAACGCAUUUGGUGCUCACUUUGAAGCACUUCCGGUACGACCACACUUCGCAAACCCGCACCAAACUCCUGCAAAGAGUCAACUUGGACAACCGAAUCUGCUUGGAGGGCACAUUCUUCGACCUGUACGCGGCCGUCGUUCACUACGGAUCGAGCGUGGACUCGGGGCAUUACUACACGUUUGCCAAAGACACGGCCGGUUGGUUCAAGUUCAAUGAUAGCGCAGUGAGUAAAUCGUCGGAGGACAGUUUGCACAUGCUGAAGCCGCCCGAGACGCCCUACAUUUUGUUUUAUGCGCGUGAAGAUCUGGCCGAACCGGAAAAUCUGCCCUGCGAAGGGCUUUCGAACCGUCUACGGCUGGUUGUUUCCAAAGACCAUUCGGAAAGCGAGCGGCUGCCACGGCCGCCGCUGAACCGCGACGGCGGSCGGCACAGGAAGGACGACGACCAACCGCCGCCCGGUUGCGGGGGCGGCGGCUUCAACGGCACCCCGGGCAACAUGUUUGUCUGCUGAGACUGCAGUUUCUUUGUAAUUUAUACAUACUUAUAAAUAGUCUGUACAUUUACUUAACAAGUAAGGUUCACGAUUUGCGGAUUUUGGCAUUCAAAUGUGAUAGCUUAAUUUUUCCCCCUUUUUCUUCUUCUUUGUUGUAUAUAAUAAAUUAAACCUUGUUUCGA